AUGGAGAUUUCUUUGGUUCAGAAAUCUUUACUGCUCUCCGUGCCACUUCUUUAUGCUGCUGCUGGUUCUACUGUUGUGCUACCUGUUCAGAAGAAAAUUGAGCUGAAGCAGGUGCUUCAACAUCUGUUGCCUUGCUACUUUGAAUUUGCUGUUGCAUUGGGGCAGCAACAUAUUAGUGACCUUGUUCAACAGGUUGUUGAUCCUACUCCUGGAGAGUUUAUGUAUGUUAUUGUGGGACAUGCAACAUCUCGGGCCCUAUGGCAAGUUAUUGAAAAUGCUUUUGGGUCCACCUCAUGGGAAUGCAUUCUGAGUCUCCUUAGUCAGCUGCAGUUUUUGCGCCAAGGAUAUUCAGCAUCACUUCCAUGGUCAACAAGAAUGAAAAUUGCUCUUGGAGCUGCAAAGGGUCUUGCCUUCCUCCAUGAAGCUGAAAAGCCUGUCAUUUACCGCGAUUUCAAAGGCUCAAAUAUCUUGCUGGACUCUGAUUACAAUGCUAAGCUCUCUGAUUUCGGACUUGCUAAGGAUGGUCCGGAAGGUGACGACACUCACGUCUCCACCCGUGUGAUGGGUACCCAUGGUUACGCUGCUCCAGAAUACAUCAUGACCGGACAUUUGACUGCAGCGAGUGAUGUGUAUAGUUUCGGAAUUGUGUUACUUGAAUUGUUAACGGGUCGAAGGGCAAUAGAUAAGACUAAACCACAAAGGGAACAAAACUUGGCGGACUGGGCACGACCGCAGUUAAAAGAUCCGCGAAAACUCCGGCGGAUAUUGGAUCCGAGACUAGAGGGAAUGUACUCGGAGGCCGGAGCCCAGAAGGCGGCGCUGCUGGCGUACGAAUGCCUGAGCCACCGGUCAAAAAGCCGGCCGACGAUGAGCACGGUGGUCAAGACAUUGGAACCUCUAAAAGAUUACAAGGAGGUUUCAUCGGUAACAUUCGUGUACAUAGCCCCGACAGAAAAAGAUACAAAAACAAUAAGUGUUGAAAAAGAUCAUGGGGAAGAAGAGCAAAAGGAGUUGAAGAAAGAAACUGAGGAACACCGCCACAAACACCACCACCACCAUCGUCACCACCACCAGAACCGCCAUCAACAUGAUCACAAGCACAGGACGAGAAGUCCCAAUUCCACGAUGGUUUACUCUGAAACAGCUCUGGAGCAGAAAUUAAGAUCGAAUAAC